CGUCACAGGGCUGAUUUGUUCCUGCUGACCAGAAGCACAUGAUCGGACGUGUUUACACUUGCACACACAAACACAAACACAAAGACAGACAGACACACAACGCUUCCUGUCAAACUUGGAGAAGGACGAAACGGGCCAAAGCCAAGAUUUUUUUCUUCACAAUUGGUCGCAUUGAGCCCAGGAAACCAGCCCUCUGUCCACCAUGGGCGAGACAGAUGUGGAACAGGUGACCCUGGCUCUGCUCGAUGCGGCCAAUGAUAAAGACUUUGAGGUCCAGGCUCAGGUGAGGAAGUCGAUGCUGACUCUGGGAAAUGAACAGCCUGACAGAGUGCUUGCCAUGUGUCAGGACUACCUGCUAAAACACCCCAAGUUGGUGGUGAGUCACAGAGUUGUGAUUCUUCAAACAAUUGAGCUGAUUGUUGGCAGUCGAAUAGACGCCAUCUCUUACCCCCGAAUCAAGAGCAUCAUCUCCUUGGCCUCAGAUGAGAUGACACGAUCAAAGGAAGUUGUCCCCGACUGGCAGCAGGCAGCCAGUAACAUCCUGGUCGCCGUCGGCAACAAACACAUCAAUGACAUCAUGGAGGAGAUACUGAGCAAGUUUCAACCUGGAGUCUUGCCUCACUUUUUUGUGGUCCAGACCUUAGCCAACCUCUCUGAUUCCAAUGUUUAUGGGAUGGUGCCUUUCCUAAACGCCAUUCUCGGUACCAUGUUGCCUAUGUUGAGCCUGACCAAACAAGACAACAUGAAGUGGGUCUUCUCCUCAGCUCUGUGCCAUUUCAGCGACAGUAUCUCCGAGUACCUUGCCAAUCUGGACAAGGCUCCGGAUCCCACGGUCAGGCAGGACACCUUCUCCAAUGAAAUCUGUGCCGCCUUUGACAUCCUGUUCAAUAACUGGUUACAAAGCAGAGAAUCAAAGUUGAGGCUAACGGUGGCUGAGGCAGUGGGCUCAAUGUGCCAUCUGAUGGCUAGCGAUAAACUGGAGGAACACAUUCCCAAGCUCAUCCCCGCCAUUCUGUCCUUGUAUAAGAAAACCAACGAGCACUACAUCAUCAGUAAGAGUCUUUGCCAUGUUCUUGAUGCUUCUGUAAACAUGGGAAGCAGAGUGCUGGAGACUCAACUGGACAGUCUCCUCUUUGCGCUGCAUCAGCAGGUGUCCACCUCUAUCGAUUACAGUAACCCACCGACGGUCAAGAACCACAAUGAGGUUCUUCGUUGCUUCAGUCUGUUAGCAAAGGCCUUCCCAGAUCGACUGGUCAUGUUAGUUCUUCAGAGGCUGGAGAACAGCAAUGAACGCAGUAGGCUUGGCUCCCUGGCUGUCCUGCGUCACCUCAUCAACUCGAGCAGUGAGUCGUCCAUGAUGGAGAGUAAGAAGCUUCUUAUUCUAGCCAGCAUUAGGCAACCAAUGGCUGACCACAGUAACAAGGUUAAGAAGCGCGUGGUCCAGGUUAUCAGUGCCAUGGCCCAUCAUGGUUACCUGGAGUUGGAUGGAGGAGAGUUACUAGUGCGAUUCUUAGUUCAACACUGUGCAUUACCGGACACAUAUCAGAAAGCCGCAGCAGACCGAGAAGAGGUAACCAACGAGUCGCUGAGGACCAUGUGUGACAGCACUCUUCAUCUGCUGACAACAACUGUCGGACGUCUGGCUGAUGUGCUUUGGCCCAAGCUGCUCUAUUACAUGAGCCCACCCCAGUACAGCAAUGCCACCACUCCACUGUGUAAGAGUUUGAUUGUACUCGGCAAUAAAAAAAAAGACAACAAGGAAGCGAGCUUCAAUAUCGACUUUUCACAGGAGGUCAAUCUUCCUUCUCCUCAAACACUGAUGGUCAAACUGCUAGUGAAUGCAGCGUUUCCAUUCAAUAGCAGAGGUCAUGGAGCUCCGUCACUCUCCCUGCUCCAGAUCCUCUCUGUCAAUAUUCACCGCAACACAGAAGCUGUUUGGGACCAAGAGAUCCCUCCUCUCCUGACAGUACUGGAAGAGUCCACUGCAGAGAGCUUUGACAAGAUAAGUUGGGAUGAAAAUCUGUUGAAGUUCCUGUCUAAGACUUUGGUGGCUGUUGACGAUGACAAGUGGCUAUGCCAGUUUGCAGCAGAAGCAACGAGUUACCUUUCCACCUAUAACAAUGCUUUAGAGGAGAAGAGUUUCCUGUAUCAGUGUAUCGGAGUGACCCUCCAGCAUUCUUUUAAUAAGGACUUUGUUAAAAAACAAUUGCAAGAAAUCCUCCUCACUGCACGACACAACGAUGCACUUGAAAGACAGGGUGUGGCUCUGGCCAUUGGAUUGUGCGCCAACAGCCAUUUAGAGGGAACUCUGGCCAAGCUUGAUGAGUUUGGAAAGUCUGAUGCCUUCAAGAAAUCCCCAAGUAUCUUCAAUCUUCUCAAAGACCGUAAUGAUGUCGAACUGGAGAAAGUCAAAAGCACUUUAAUCUUGUGUUAUGGUCAAGUGGCUGUGCACGCUCCUCCAGAGAAGAUCCUCAAUCGCAUUGAUCAAGAUGUUCUUGGCUGCAUCAGUAAACACUUCAACACCAAGGUUCUGGGAAUUAAAGUAGCGACCAAGGAUCUGACAAUGAAACUAAGUUUGAUCCAGAGUGUUGGCCUGGUUGCCAAAGCCAUCAGUGCGUGCGUCAAGAAACAAGGCUACGUCUUCUCUCGUAAACAAGAACUCAUCGCUCUUAUCCAGGAUUUCAUUAAGGCGGAACCUGCCGAUGGCCUUCGGACGUCAGUGCGCCACCUGGUGAUGAGAACGUGCGCCCACCUAAUGCCUCUGGACCCAGCGCUAAGCGAGAAUGAGACUUUUGACUUGCUGAAGGUGUGCGUGAGCAGCGUGUUCUCCCUUCCACCCGAGACGCACACUCCGGAGAAAAUCGCAAAAGACGAAGAAGUCCUAGACCUCAAACAGAGAAAGGCCUUGUACAAAGACACGCUGUCUUCACUGCACGAGUUAUUGAGCAGUGUGCUGGGCAAGGAGCCCACGCCCGAUGCUUUACAGAGUGUAUUUAAGCACGUGGAAUGCGGGCUGUCCUCGACACUGGACCACGAGAGAGAGAGAGCCAUCUCGGCCACUGCCCACCUGCUGAAUCACUACCUGGACAACAUGACAGUCAAGAACAUGAUGUCCUUCCACAACCUCGGAGCUCUGCUGGGUCGACUGUCUCCACGCUGCUCCGACCCUCAGCUCGUUGUGCGCGCUACCGCUAUCGAUUGUGUAUACUUACUGCUUUAUAUCCAACUACGCUAUGAAGGUUUUGCUCUUGACUAUAAAGAUGGCGCUGUGGAAGGGCUAUUGCCCCUUAAAAGUCAACUCGAGAACCCGGACCAUUCGGUUCUCUACAAGACAUGUUUUGAGCUCACCAAGGUGAUGAGUAAGCGUCUGCCUCAGCAGCAGAUGACCACCUUGGUGUUCAUGUUGUUUGAGGGCCUGGUUGACAGUCAAACAAACUGUUGCAGAGCUUCAUCUGUCAUCCUCAACACCUUGUUGAAGAACAGAGGAGGGGGACUACAAGAGAUGGUACCAGAGAUGCUGGAGGUGCUUCGUGUGCGACUGCAAAGCAUCACUGAGGAGCAGGUGAGAGUGGCAGUUGGGCAGACGGUGCUAAUCAUGGCCUCCCAACAUCUCCAGACCGUUCUUAAUACACUAGCUAACCAACCACUACCAUAUGACAGCUGGACCAGCGAGAUGUGGAUGGCUUUGGGAGCAGACCCCAUAGUGGCCGAUCAAAUCAUGGAGAUAGUGAUGGAGAAACUUGCCGUCAUGGCACCCUACGUGGACAAGAAAGAGUCAAUGAUCAGAGGAGGAACAACUAAGGUGGCUACUAACAAGCCACUAGCUAUGACAUGCGGCCUGAAGGAAUUGUUAUUAAAUGGCCAGAGCCAGGAGCCAGCGCUAAGCAAGUUUCCUCAGCUCUUCUCCUGUCUCAUUGUCCGACUGGCGUCGAGCGUCGGCGUCUCUGCGCCAAAGGACAACGCCACCAAACGCAGCGCCGCCAUCCACGUUGCAGGAGUUGCGGCUGACGCGCUGAGAAUCUUGCUAGCGAGAGCUCAGUUGGAUGAGGUGUUGAAAAGACUAGAUGAGGAGAAAGCUUGGGACGCAAUCAGGGAACAGAAUGCACAUAUAACUGGAGUGACGCUACUAGCAAGGGCGAUGGCAAAACAUGCCGGUCCCAGGUUGCCCGCCAUCGUUGAGUGUUUAUGCCCUUCCUUGAACAACAUUUACGAGUGUCAGCGUAUCACCGUCACGGCUUUCUUCUCUGAGCUCUUGAACCAUCACGUGGCGACGGAAUUGAUGUUUAUCGACGUGUUAAUGAAUAACAUGAUGGAAAGGAUAGCGGAUCCUUGCUGCACUGUCCGCAUGUUGGCCGUGCGAGGUCUGGGCAAUAUAGCUGUCGGAUCCCCUGAAAAGGUGAACAAGUAUGCCAAAGAACUGCUGGCAGCCAUGAGUUCAGGCAUGGAGGAGAAAGAUGACCCAGGCAAGCUGAUUAUUCUGGAGGCAAUGUCGGGUCUGUCCAAAGUUCUGCUCUACCUGGACAAGAAGAAUGUCCACCUACUCGUGGUUUAUAUUUUCAUGAAGAUCAAACCGUUUUUAGAGAGUGACAAUGAUGACAUUCGCUGCGCUUCCAUUCACCUCAUGGGGAAACUGUCCAAAUUUGGCUCUGGGGAGCCAAUAUUCAAGGACCAGAUCCACAACGUUCUGGUCAGCCUGCUUUUACACCUGGUUGACCCCAACGCACAUGUGGUCAAGGCAUGCAAGUACGCCAUGCGUGUGUGCGCGCCCAUGGUGGGCUCGGAGCAGAUCACGGCCAUGUUUCAGAACCACCUCCAUGAGGACAAGAGCUUGCACUAUGGCGAGUUCAUCAAUGAUCUCACCAAGUAUCUGAUCCAAGACUUUCCAGGCAUGCUGAAUUUCUACCACAUCUCCGUUCUCCAGUUCUUCAAGAGCAACUGGUCUGAAGUCCGAGCAGGAGCUGCAAUGUUCAUCGGGUUUCUGCUGGGGAACCUUCCAGAUGAGCAUUACGCUCACCUCAACAUGGGUACCGUCACUCAAGGCCUCGUGAUGCUGCUCCAAGAUCCCGACCCCGUGGUCCGAGUGAAGGCUGCGGAGGCCAUGGGACAUUUCCACUGAUGCCAAAUUGCUGGCAAGUAGUCGGCCACUUGGACAUGUGUUCACCGCACUUCACCUAUGCUACAUAACAAGUGUUCAUUUCUUGCUAGAUUCGUAUUUUAGCAACCAAAGAUAGUAAGUAGUUUGUAGCAGAGGCAUGGCAGUGACGUAUACCUGUCACACACGCGCGUGCAUUUCUUUUUUUUACUAUAAAUAUAAAGAAUUAUGUUUAUAAGAAUUUCAAAAGCUUUCUUGAAAUAUUGUCUGGGGGACUAGAUUUUGUUGAAUGUGUGUGCGUGUUUGGUAAAGUGCGUGCCCGUGUUUAUUUUAAAGAACACAUAUCAGAAUAUUUCAAGUCUCCACAUGACUUGACUUUUAUAUUUUGUCGUCAAAUCACCUGGUUAUGUACAUGUGUCAACUUUUGUUUGACUUGGCUCUUUGGCCUUAAAGUUGUGAACAAUUCCUUCCAUUCCUACACUGAAUGCCGCGUGUGUUUUUUUUUUUUGAAUGAUCUCCUUUAAUAAAGUUUCAUUUCUCCGGCACAUUCAAUCAUUGUAAUAUAGCAGCAGCUAAGGGACAUUUGAGAAUGGCUCCUGCUAUGCAAUCAAAUGUCCCCAUUCCGAGAGAAAAUACAAAUGCUCACUGAACCCUUUAAUGUUGCCUGAAUCAUUUGUGCCAAAAUGUCUUUUUUCACAACAUUUCUAUUCGAUGAUCUACGUGACAGUGAAUGUAUUUUUGUUUUCCGUGUUACAUGUGCAGCUGGUUGUACCUUAUCCUAUGAUCAACUGAAAAUUGCUAAUUCUAUCCGAGCACUUGAGCAAUUUCUUCAGGCACUUUUUGGCUCAAUGUACCGCUAAUUAGAAUGAGUCUUUUGUUUUAGUAGCUUAGAAAUGAUGUCGAUAUGGCCUUUCGUGUUCAUUAUAUUAUGUACAUUUUGGGGCAACGUUGCUUCUGUGUGUAUUACAUCAUGUCUUAUUGCAAAUGGCUCACUGUGUGGAUGGGGGGGAGAGGUACGUCUACAGUGUUAAUAGGUAAUAAUAAGUAUCUAUAGUGUCGAUAAGACACGAUAAAUAAAGAGAUAAAUCAAGAGA